AUGGGAAAUUGUUUUAAAGAAUAGAAUUCUCGUUCCUCUAUUUCUGAUUGCCCAAGAAAGGAAAUAUUUGAAUAAGACUUUUCAGAUCAAAAGGUAAUUCAUAAAAGAGCUAAGUCUCAAUUAUUGAAUUAAGUUGAAAGCAUAAUUAUAAAAGAAGACCCAGAAACUGAAUAAGAUCAAAAUUAUUCUUUCGAACUAAAUUCUUAAUUUUAAAUUCAGCAUAAUGCAACUAUAAAUUUUAUUAGGUUGCCAUUGGGACUCAAGAUGGAAAAGCAUCAUUAAAUUAAAUUAUAUAAUUUACAUACUCAAAGAUAUUUACAUUCUCAUGCAAUCAAACAUGAACACAAUAAAUCAAAUGAAGUAAGUACUUGUAAUAAUUGUAAUUAUGAAUAUGACUGGUGGCAAUUUAUAUGGAUAAAAAAUAAAAUUCAUAUUUAUCAUCCUAUUACACAGUCUUAUUUAAAAUGUUUGCAAACUAUAAAUGACAUGGGAGAAGUAGGUUGUUUAUAACAUGAUAUGGAUGAAUGGGAAAUCAUAUCAGAUGAUUAAGAAAUCAAAUAAUAUUCAAUUAUAAGUAUUUAAUAUUAUUAUAUAAAAGAACUUAAACAUAUAAGUACUGGACUAUAUUUGCAUACUUAGCCUUAAUAAAGUAAGGUUGAAAAUCAGCAUAUUGUAUCAGUCUGUAAACUAGAAGAAGCAAAUGCUCUAUGGAGAGUUGCAGAUAUGUAAUGA